AUGGCGCGCAAAGCAAGAAUAGCGCAGCAAUCACAAUCGCUAUAUGCAGAUGACACGGACUCAGAUAGUCCCGAGCAAGAGACCCCCUCGCGUCGCCAUUUGAAGAAGCGGAUUAGCGAGGCUUUCAUAGCAGGAGCUGAGGGCAGCUUUUCGCUGGAUGCAUCAGGAUCGAGGACCGCUGGCAGAGCUGUCAACAUCAACGAUGAUGCGGCCGAGAAGCGUAGACGCAGGAAGAGUGCAAAGCUCACCGCGGCUAUGACUGAAAACGCAUUGGCGGGACCCUCAUCAGAGAACGACCCAGAAUCGCGUGCAGCAAAGCAGAAAGCACAAUUGGCAUCUGUUGCGCUACCUCAAGUCCCUGAUGUUCAGAUCAAUAUUACCAGCGCAAAUUACGAGGAGUGGAUGAAAAUGGCAACAGAUAAUAAAAUCAACGCCGCCAACUCGUGGAAUUUCGCGUUAAUUGACUACUUCCAUGAUAUGUCUCUAUUGCGCAACAACGACGACAACUCGAUCAAUUUCCAGCGCGCGUCGUGUACACUCGACGGCUGUGUUAAAAUAUGGACAAGUCGCGUCGAUAGUGUCGGAACGGAAACCGGAAAGCUCCUGAGUAAUCUUGCUAACGAAGGCGGAGAAGACGACGAUGAAGGUGACAAUGAUGGGGAAGGGCCCGAUGGUGAACCAUCGCAGAAGAAGAAGAAGUCCCACAGAUCAGAAGCGACAUUGGUCAAAAAUCCCCAGCAAUUGAAAAGCAAGAAACUCGACUUGGAAUUCAAUGUAGAUCCUCUGUUCCGGAAAACCUGUGCCGAUUUCGAUGAGGGAGGCGCGCAGGGUCUCCUCAUGAACCAUCUGAGCUUGGGUUUAGGAAACGAGGGAGCCUUGCGUGUUAUUUUCGACGCCAGCGAUUCCAUGGGUGUCGAAGAAAAGGAGUCAACUGAGGAGCCUGAAGAUUCAAUCGACCUUAGUGACCUUCGAGCAUUCGUCCCUGAUCUCUCAUUCCUGGACUCGAAGGAAAUCGCGCAUUCUCUCGAAGGAUUCGCCUUUUCUAAAUCCACCGACUUCGGCGAAACGUCCUUCUUUCAAGACGAUUUGGCGGACGAUGAUGACGAUAAUGACAAUUUCGACGUCGGCGGUGCCACAUUUGACGAUCCCGGUGCCAUGGACAUAGACGGUGGUGACGGCCCUCCUCCUGCGGAAGACUUCUUUGUUGGUGACCAGGCCGUCCGUGACGAUUUCUACGCGCCUGUGGGGGGUGGAGACGACUACGGCGCCGAUAAUGCUUCAAAUGGCUCUGUCGCUCCGGAUGGUGAAGCAGGCGGGGCAGCUCCUUUCGUUCCGUUCGACCCAAGGAGGGCUCCUAACCAACGGGACCUGGUCAUGGCGAUGACGGACGCUGACGCGGAAGGUGGUAUGAUGGACUACUUCGACCAGAACUUCAACAAGAAUUGGGCGGGACCCGAACACUGGAAAAUGCGUAAAGUUGUCCGCCGGACCGAGAAUGAUCCAAGCACCAAAGGCACCAAGGGGAAGCGAGAGAAGAAGGAAGCCUUCAAGAUUGACUUCUUCGCCCCACCCGAGAAGAGCGUUGAAGAGAUCACGAAGGAACUCUUUGCUCCAGUCACUCGCGGAGCCGGUAUUAACCUUCCAGGUACGGGACCCAAGAAGGGGAAGAAGAAGGUUCAAGAUGCCCCGAAGCGCGACGAUCAUCGCUUACCCGAUGAUAUGCACUUCUCAAGCAGGCAACUUGUCACGUUGUUCCUGAAGCCCAAGUUCUCACUGAAGAUGCGUGGCCAUAAGGUCCGGUUCAAUGACAAUGGUGAUGGCGAAGUAGAUCAGAACUUCUGGGCUCAGGCUGCAGCAAACGAAGUUGGAGGCGACGCUAACGAUGGGAACCAACCUAUUCCAUUCAAUACGCAGUUCUUCGCCGACGAUGACGACGAUGGGCCUGGCUUCAACGACGACUUUGACGGGCCCGGCAUUGGAAGCUUCCCUGGUAUUGAUGGCGUUGACGGCGAUGGCGAACAUGACCUCCUUGCCGCUACCCAAGGCACAAGUCGCCGUGUCAAACCCGAAUUUGUCAAGUACGCAAAGAGGGCCAAGCGUGUUGACGUCCGGAAGUUGAAGGACAAUAUAUGGAAAGGCUUGAACAUAGUCGUACCUUCCAAAGGGGAAGACGAAGAUGAACCAAUGGAGGACACAGAUGACCCGUCGACGAAGCCCACAGAUCCUGAUGAUGCCCGUCAAUUCAGCGAAGUUAUAACUGGGCUCCAGAAGUCAUACCCGAGGGAUAAGAUGCAAGAGAUUAGCACGAGCUUUUGCUUUAUAUGUUUGCUCCACUUGGCAAACGAACAAGGACUUCGCCUCGAGUCGACUACUGAACCUCUCGCUCGCGAACUCGAGGAAGACGGCGAUGAUCUAACUGCUAAACGGCGAGUUGGAGAGAUAUGGGAUCUCAAGAUAUACCGAGAUCCAACCGCCACACAAGACGCGUAG